AUGGCCUCAACUUUUGCACCAUUCCUUCUCAAGGGCAAGACCGCAAUUGUUACUGGAGCGGGAUCUGGUAUCAAUCUUGCCUUUUCUUCAUUGCUGCUUUCUCGAGGCUGUAAUGUUGUCUUUGCCGACCUUGGUCUCCGUCCCGAGGCCAAAGCAAUUACCGACAAGUACUCUGGGUUCUCAAGUGGACCUCGAGCCAUAUUUCAGAAGACAGAUGUCACAGACUGGACCCAACUCUCGAAGAUGUUCGAAGUGGCCGAGAAAGAGUUUGGUGGUACUGACCUCGUAUGUCCAGGUGCCGGUAUAUUUGAACCCAACUGGUCGAACUUCUGGCAUCCUCCCGGUAGUUCGGAGUCGAAGGAUAGCAUCGAAGGUGGUCGCUACGCUUCGUUGGACAUCAAUGUCACACAUCCAAUCAGGGUUUCUCAACUGGCGAUCUCGGCAUUUUUGUCCCACCAAGCUAGCGGUAGAGCAAGCCGUGAGAACCCAAAGCGUAUAGUCAUGAUCAGCAGCGUUGCCGGUGAAGGUGCUUCGCUCCUAGUACCCAUCUAUUGCGCGUCCAAACACGCCAUAAUUGGAUUCACACGCUCGUUGGCAGCUCUCGAUGAGAAGUUCGGCAUUCGUGUCAAUGCCUGCUGUCCUGGAAUUAUCAAAACGCCUCUGUGGACGGACAACCCGGACAAGAUGAAAUACGUCGAUCAGAAGAAGGAUGUUUGGGCGACACCUGAAGAGGUGGCAGAAGCAAUGUUGAAGCUCGUCGAAGAUGAGGAUAUGGUGGGAGGAACUAUCUUGGAAGUCGGCCAUGAACAGACUCGUAUUGUGCCCAUGCUCAACAACCCAGGUCCGAAAGGAGCCGCCAUCAGUGUUAGUGGCACCCCUGGUCUCAUCGACGGAGUUUUUGAAUCAUUGUCAGAGGAGGGUUGGGGGAAGCCUCAAUGA